UUUUAUUAAGUGUUUUUUAUUCAAAUAAUGACGAGUCAAAUUUCUCUUGCCACAAUGACUGAUCUCAUUGAAUAUCAAUGACUAAUAAUCGAUAUGUGAUGAAUGCUUUAACAUUAAUAACUAAGGCCAUUAGAUGACAAAUAAUAAAAUAAUUACUUAUUUUAAUGUCGAAAUAAAGAUGAAAGCUAUCGAAAAUGAUUGUCACUAAAUGCGAUGAUUAUUUAAUUAUACUCUUGUGAUUACCGCUGGUAUUAAGCAAUUAUAAGUGAUAAUUAAUCGAUUACCAGUAAUAUAUAUUUUUAUGAAUAGUUGAAUUUUAUAUAAAAAAUGGAAUGUCUACCGUGUGUUAAAUUAUUACGUUCAUCAGAACGUAAACGAAAAUUGAGAGUUGACGACGAUUUGGAGACCGUUGAAGAACGCACAGAAAGAUGGAGGAGUAUUUAUGUUAUAUAUUUUACAAUGUUUUUAAUGUCUUUAGCGUUCAGUAUUGUUUUAACUGGAGUUUGGCCAUAUUUAGAUAAGUUAGAUCCUAGUGUACAUAAAGAAUUUAUCGGAUAUGUAGUAGCAGCAAAUCCAUUUGGGCAGAUGUUAUUCUCCCCAAUAAUUGGAUGGUGGGGGAACAAGCGUGGAUCUGUUCGACUUCCAUUAUUAUUAACAUUAGCACUGUUUGUAAUUGCAUCAGUUAUUUAUAGUACUCUGGAAAUAAUUCCUGGUGAUAAAAAGACAUGGAUGGUUGCUGCAAGGUUUAUUGUUGGGGUUAGUUCAGCAAACAUCGCAGUAGCGAGAUCUUACUUAUCAGCUGCAACAAAAUUAGCUGAAAGAACAAAAGCCGUGUCGAUGGUAUCACUAGCUCAGGUAUUAGGAUUCGUAGUAGGUCCAGGUCUUCAAGCGGCAGUGACUCCUUUAGGAGAUACAGGGUUUACUAUCUGGGGAUUGCCUUUCAACAUGUACACAAUGUCUGGCUGGAUAAAUGUAUUCUUCGGAGUGCUUAAUUUCAUUUUUAUCCUGCCCUGGGUCUUCACUGAACACAAAAUUGCUGCCCGUGAAGCUAUGAGAGAUCAAGGGAAAGCUUCUGAAAAAGAAGCAUGGAAAGCAAUAAAGCCAGAUUAUGUAGCAGCUUGGACGCUCAUUUGUGCUUUCAUUAUUUUAGUUUUCAAUUUUGUAUUACUAGAAACACUAGGUACUCCGUUGACCAUGGAUCAAUUUGCAUGGACUAAAAAGGAGUCUCUUUAUUAUAUGGGGAUAGUAAUGAGUGUCGGGGCUGUUAUAGCCUGUAUUGUUUUUGUUAUUAUUGAGCCCUUGUGCAAAAGAUUUGACGAAAGGAGAGUAAUGAUUUGGGGCGGAUUCCUUGUUAUGGUGAUAGGAAGAAUUAUUUGCAUACCAUUGCCUUCUACUGAUCCUCCAAUAAUUGCCGAACGAGAAUUAAUAAACAAUGCAAGCUUAUCAUCAAACGGCACCGAAAUCGUCGGCUGCCCGAGUGACCAAGAGUGGUGUAGGUACACCCCAGCAAUGACAGUGAUCCAAUUUAUAAUCGGGUACGGCUUCACAACAAUAGGGUACCCAGUCGGCGUGACGUUAGUACAAACAAUUUUCACAAAAGUCCUGGGACCUAGACCUCAAGGUCUUUGGAUGGGAAUAAUGACCGGAGCAGGAUGUGUGGCCCGAGUCCUAGGUCCAGUCUUCGUGGGUUUUAUCUACACUCGCUGGGGCACUUAUCACACUUUCGGGAUCACUGGGCUUACUCUAGUGAUCGCGAUGAUCUGGCUGCAAGCUGUCAGCAAGCGGUUGAGCACCAAGAGCAGCUAUCUAGGGGUUGCUUCUUCGCCGGAGGCUGCUGAGCUUCCGAAGGAAGUCGAGAUGCAGGGAGUCGUCUCGGGAAAUCUUUCAGGUCCAGAGGUGAUAAAUCUUACGGGUGAUAAAUGCGAGUCUAAUAACGGGGUUGUGCAAAAUGAUGAGUCUAAAGCUUUCAUUGGUGAUAAGAAUACUCAUCGUUGAAUUAUUAUUAUUAUUAUUUAAUAUAUAUUUUUAUAUGAGAUUAUGUUUUAAUGUGCAAUUUUUAAUUGACUAUAAAGCAAUUA